AUGGAUACAGACGUACGGUACACGUUCCUGGACACGCUUGAUCAUCUGCCCUCGGAGCUAAUUCGCGGAUUGUGGACUCUUCAGGGCUUAGAACUACGAGAAGACCAGCAGCGAAACUUUGUAGACCAAGAGGCGGUCAAAGAAGCACAGCACUUGGAGCGAUUACUGCGGCAGCACCGCGAAUGGCUAGAAUUUCAGAAGCAGGAAAUGCGCGAAAUGGCGGCGGUGCGCGCAAGGUACGAGGCGUACGAGGGCACUGUUGAGUCGCGUGGGAAACCUAGUAGGGCUCUACGCGAGAACGCGACUGCCGCUGCUGCUGCUGCGGAGCCCAAGCCGCCGACUCCAUUGAAAAUCAAGAUUAACCUACGGCCCAGCCAGCCUGAGGAGCCUCGCUACUGCGUGUGCCGUGACGUGUCGUACGGGGCCAUGAUAGCGUGCGACAACAAGAGAUGCCCUACCGAAUGGUUUCACUACGGGUGCGUUGGGCUCCUACACGCUCCCAAGCCCAACAAGAAGUGGUACUGCUGCGACAAGUGCAGGCGGCAGGCCACAAAAAAGAAGUAG